GUCACUUGUGUUUUGUUUUCGUUAUCUUUUACUUUUUAUUUUAUUGAUAAAUAUUAAUUUUCAUGAAUUUUUAAUACCGGUUUUCUAAUUAUAUGCUAUUAUUUGUUUCAAUUUAGGGAAUAGGAAACAAAUAGAACCUAUAAACCAAAAAUAAUUUACCACAUAACUUAUAAAUAAGAUGAGUGCAGACAAGAGUGUAAUACUGGUGACAGGGGGCUCGGGUCUAGUUGGGCAAGCAAUAAAAACAAUUGUAGAAGAAGAAAGACAACGGGGAAUUGAAAGGUCUACUAAUGAAACUUGGGUUUUCUGUGGGUCAAAGGAUGGUGACCUGAGGAAUAAACAAGAAACUGAGGCAUUAUUUGACAAAUAUCAGCCAACACAUGUGAUACACUUAGCUGCAAUGGUGGGGGGUCUGUUUCACAACAUGGCACAUAAUUUGGAUUUCUUUAGGGAAAAUAUGGCUAUAAAUGAAAAUGUUCUAGACACAAGUCAUAAACGAGGUGUGAAGAAAGUGGUGUCGUGUUUGUCAACAUGCAUAUUUCCUGAUAAGACCACCUAUCCGAUAGACGAGACCAUGGUCCACAACGGUCCACCGCACACCUCCAACUAUGGGUACAGUUAUGCAAAGAGGAUGAUUGAUGUUCUUAAUAGAGGCUACCAUGAGCAGCAUGGUAGUGUAUUCACGUCGGUGAUCCCGUGCAACGUGUUCGGGCCACAGGACAACUUCAGCCUGGUAUCCAGUCACGUCAUACCCGCCCUCAUCAGGAGAAUGGACGACGCUAUGCAGAAAGGUGAGCCCACCUUCACUGUGAUGGGCAGCGGGAAGCCACUCCGGCAGUUCAUAUACUCCCUGGACCUCGCGAGGCUGUUCGUCUGGGUACUCAGGCAUUAUGACAGCAUCGAACCCAUUAUACUAUCAGUUAACGAAGAGGAUGAAGUUACAAUCGGCGCAGUAGCAGAAUAUAUAAAGAAAGCACACGGCUACCAAGGUGACAUAGUAUAUGAUACAACAAAGGCAGACGGCCAAUACAAGAAGACUGCCUCGAACAAAAAACUACGUUCCCUAUACAAAGACUUCAAGUUUACACCUUUCGAGACUGCCAUAAAUGAUACUGUGGCGUGGUUCAAAAGCAACCGAGAGACCGCUAGAACAUAAGCUUAGAGGUGAAAUAAAUAUUGAACCUAAUUGUAAAUACAUAUAAGGUUUGUAUUACAUUAUCAAAUAUUUAAUUUAGAAUUUUCUUCAAUUUUUUAAUCUGAUGAUGCAUUUGAUAUGAUAUUGUCAAAGACUUCAAGUUUACACCUUUCGAGACUGCCAUAAAUGAUACUGUGGCGUGGUUCAAAAGCAACAGAGAGACCGCUAGAACAUAAGCUUAGAGCUGGCCUUUACAGCUUCACCGGGCGAUAGGGGGCGAGUGCAGAUGGCACUCCAAACCCGCGGAAGAAAUGAAAUCCCCUAUGAACUCCCGCCUAACAGAUACAACUUUAGUCUAGGAACUAAGGGUUUGAACCUCGGCUCGGACUGUCGUAAUUUCGAUCUCCGUUUGAAUUGUAUGGGGUUUGAUAUCGGGUAGGUGAUACUUAUCAACAAUUGUGUAU